AUGACCUCAAAUCUAGGUGCAGAGCACCUAAUUGCAGGAAUUCGGGGUGAAAACACAAUGAAAGAUGCACGAGACCUUCUAAUGAAAAAGGUACAUCAAUAUUUCAAGCCAGAGCUUCUGAACAGGUUAAGCCAGAUUGUUGUGUUUGACCCGUUUUCGCAUGAUCAACUAAUGGAGGUUGUGAAAAUCCAAAUGAAGAGAGCCACCACCAGGGUAGCAAAAAAGGGCAUAUCUUUAUCUGUGAGUGACGGCGCAUUGGACGUCAUUUUGUCAGAGUCAUACAACCCAAUGUAUGGUGCAAGGCCCAUAAGAAGCUGGGUAGAAUAA